GAAGGCCGUUUUCAGUCCAGAGCGGUCCAGCGCGAGGCAGCGCGAAGAGCCGAUGAUGCGCGCCUACAGACGGGGAGAUGUCAUCCUGACGUCGGAGCCGUUCGCGUACGUCGUCGACCCUCAGAACGGGGCGGGAAAAGUGUGCGACUACUGCCUCAAAAGGUCUAGUCGUCUAAAGGGUUGUCCGAAAUGCCGUGUAGCCCAUUACUGCAACAAGUUCUGCGAGAGUUCUGCGCUGUCAGAUCAUCAGACGGAAUGCUGCUAUUUUCAAGAGAUGUUCCCGUGCAUCCCCAACACUACCGUGCGACUCAUGGCUCGCAUCCUCAUCAAGCUCCGAAGAAGGCACAUGAGAGACUGCAAGGAAGCAAUCCUGGACCAGACAAGGACCUUUGAAGACUUGGAGUCACAUUCCGAACAAAUUUUGAACGACCCAGCUGUCCUGCCCAGGUUUAAUGCAGUGUGGGCAACUCUGCGAGACCUCUUGGGAGAAGGAAACAUGCCAACACUGCUCGAAGGCCUCGAGAUAUUUGGAAAGGUGUUGAUAAACAGGUUCUGCAUCACGGACGAUGAGCUGAAGCCUGUCGGGCAGGGACUGUACAUUGGGGCGUCCAUAUUUGACCAUUCUUGUGAUCCGGACGCUGCCUUUGUGUUUGAUGGCACACGUCUGACUGUGAGAGCUGUUCGGGACCUAAGUGUCAGCAGUGUACGAGAGAUUUACAUAUGUUAUGUUGAUAAGCUUCAAAUGACUCCCGACCGCAUUGAGACACUUCAGAAUCAGUAUUACUUCACUUGCAACUGCACUCUCUGUCAUCAGAAAGAUGGAGAUUUGCUUCAAGAGAAAUCCAACAGUCUUUCAGUAAGCAUUCGCAAUCUCCAAAUGGAGCUGGAAAGUACAGACGACAAGCAGACCGUGGAGUGGAUUUCGGAGCGCACUCGUGAAAUCCUCAGUUCUCAGGUGAAAGAGUUGCCCCCUAAUGACAUCUCCCGAAUCGAGGCCUUGGAGCUGGCUUUUGAGUGCUGCGCUAAACGAGGCUUGCAUGCAAAGGCGGCUGGUUAUGCAAUGCAAAUACUCGAUGUGCUCAGGUGUUGCUACGGCAUAUACAGCACAAAGUAUGGCCUCUUUUUGUUCAACAUAGGGAAGCAGUACGAUGCUGCAGGGGACCACCGUAGCGCUGAGACGUUCUUCCAUAUGGCGUCAUGGAGCCUCUCCGUCACCCAUGGCAAGACCCAUCCGGUUUUCCGAGAGCUGCAGGAGCGUCGACGAGCCAACCGCAGGUGUAUCUCAGGUCCCUGCAAAUAAAUAACAAAAUCUUCAAUACACACAGGAGUAUAGUUAAGUAUGCAGGCUCCACGUUGCUUUAGGAAACUACGCAGUAUAUUGUGGAAAGGCGAUUGACUAAAUAUUUUAAAGGAAACCGUGCUAAAGUUUCGGAGAAAAGCUUUUUUUACUUUUUUGAUACGAGUUAUGUUUGGGACAUAUACCACUCAGAUACCUCGAACACACCUUGUUAGCAAGUUUGUUUUCAUACUACAAUUUAACGUCCUCAAUAUUCCACAAAAUAUCACGUUUGUGAUAAAGCAGUCUCUUCUGAAGGUUUCUCGGGCUGACAAGAAGUUGAGUUUUCUUUAACGGCAGACAAAAGUAUGGGCUGACUGCGGUAAUGAUUCUAGGCUAUAAGAUCGCUAAGGUAUCAGUCCUAAUCCCAAGUGACUUAGGACGAAACCACCUCACAGCUAAAUACUCUGGUACAACUAUGCGCAGCUUAAAUAAUGUCGCGGGUGCACUUGCAUUCGGUGAAUGCAAACAUAAGGGAAAAAUGGAAAAAUAAAAUAAGCAGAACUCAAUCGUUAUUCCUGCCAUGUCACUCGUUGACCUUAGCUAUUGACCAAUGUACUUACUUCGACAAACGAGAGUGCUGAACCUGUAGAGCUGACACUUGAAUAAAAGCGAAAAUCAGCACCAAAAUUGGUUAAAAAUGCGAAGGUCAAGACACGUUCUGCGCUUGGUGUCACCUCCACGUAGGCUGUAGAUUGCUCGCCAGAUAUCGAAAGGUAUUUACGCUUAAAUAUUGCAAUGCCCUGGUUUUGGAGAUAUGUGGGAGAAAAGCUUAGUUGCAAGCUGCCCUAAGCGUACUAAGAUGCUUUAUUUUGCUAAAAUUUGAUGCCUGGCAAUGAGUACUCUGUGUCGAGCGUUAUUUAUAUUCGUUUUAUUAAGAAAAUACAAGUUCCAACAAAACAUUUCAUCUUCU